GACUGAUCGGAUUGUGUCGUGAUUGGUCAUUUUCUGCCAGAUUCAGCAAACCCUAGGUUCGUUGCAAUCAAUUCUCUGUUUGCGUAAAACUUGAUCAGAAUCGCGAAUGGAGGGUUCGUCGGAAAUCGCCCGGAAGACGUGGGAGCUCGAGAACAACAUACUAACAAUGGAGCCGACACCGGAUCCCGCUUCCGACGGUAUCUUUUACUAUGACGAUGUUGCUCAGGCCAAAUUUCAACAGGAGAAGCCAUGGGCGAAUGAUCCUCAUUAUUUCAAGCGCGUGAAGAUCUCAGCACUCGCGCUCCUGAAGAUGGUGGUUCACGCGCGCUCCGGUGGAACCAUCGAAGUCAUGGGUCUGAUGCAAGGGAAGACUGAUGGAGAUUCCAUCAUUGUCAUGGAUGCCUUCGCUUUGCCUGUCGAAGGAACUGAAACUAGGGUUAAUGCUCAGGCUGAUGCGUACGAGUAUAUGGUUGAGUACUCACAGACCAACAAGCUGGCCGGGCGAUUGGAGAAUGUUGUUGGAUGGUAUCAUUCUCACCCUGGAUAUGGAUGCUGGCUAUCGGGCAUUGAUGUUUCGACACAGAUGCUGAAUCAACAGUUUCAGGAGCCCUUCUUAGCUGUUGUUAUCGAUCCAACAAGGACUGUUUCAGCUGGAAAGGUUGAGAUCGGGGCGUUCAGAACAUAUCCGGAGGGGUAUAAGCCUCCAGAUGAACCGGUCUCUGAGUAUCAGACAAUACCUCUGAAUAAGAUUGAGGACUUUGGUGUACACUGCAAACAGUACUAUGCAUUAGAUAUCACUUACUUCAAGUCAUCUCUGGAUAGUCAUCUUUUGGAUCUCUUAUGGAACAAGUACUGGGUGAACACCCUUUCAUCUUCCCCUCUUCUGGGCAAUGGAGACUAUGUUGCUGGACAGAUAUCUGACUUGGCUGAGAAGCUUGAGCAGGCUGAGAACCAGCUGGCUCACUCCCGCAUUGGAGGGAUUGUUCCAGCAACGCUUCAGAAGAAAAAAGAGGAUGAACCUCAGCUCGCUAAGAUAACUCGGGAUAGCGCAAAGAUAACCGUUGAGCAGGUCCAUGGGCUAAUGUCGCAGGUCAUCAAAGACAUUUUGUUUAACUCGGUUCGUCAGUCCAACAGAUCCGGCAACGACUCUUCGGGUUCGGACCCAAUGGUUACAUCUUGAAGUUACUGUUCCUUUGCUGCAGAUGUGGUUUUGGUUGCAGACUUUUUGGCUUGUGGGGAAAAAAAUGAGAUGUAUAACAAUGACUGAAACAUUCCUCGUGGACACACAUGCCUUGACUUGAGCCGUACUCGGUCUUUGAAAUGCACAUCUGAACCUUUUCUUUUUAUUGGCAUAUGUAUAUACAUAUACACAUAUUCACAUAAAUAGACAGGUAUACAUUAAUAUU